AUGAUCUUCGAAACAGAGCAGACCCAGGAAGCAGUGAAGAACGGUUUCAAGUGCUUUAGAAUCUCUUACCCAAACCAGAUCGCCACGGAGUCUACAACGCGAGAAUGCUUCAGCUAUGAGCACUUCAAGUAUCCAGAACAAUCUGCUAAGUGCAACUCGUGCUCCAGUACUGUGAACUACAAUGACUGUACCAACACCAAGGCGUCAGUGGUGCUAGCCUCCAGACAACACACCUGUAUUCACCCCAUCGUCAGCAAGUCCAAGGACAAGAAUGAGGGCUGUCGGGAGCUUCUUGACCCCCAUGCGGAUAAACGUGAGGAUUUCCUCGAAGAGUCUGAUGGUCAAAAUGAACAAGCCUCAGGAUGCAGGUACUACCAUGGAGUCAAUAAAAUCAAGACCCACGACCAGUUGGCUAGUUAUGGAAUGAGUCCCGCCUGGGAUAUUGAAGACUUGGUGACGCUGGGAAAAAAGAUCAAAGCUUGUCCCUAUUUUGCUGCCAGGUCACUGAUGGCUACAGCUGAGGUCAUCAUCUGCCCGUACAACUACCUCAUUGAUCCCUGCAUAAGGGAGUCGAUGGAGAUCAACCUGAAUGACCAAGUUAUCGUGCUGGACGAAGCCCACAACAUUGAGGACAGCGCCAGGGAGGCGGCCUCGUGCACACUUACCAAGGACGAGAUAGAUGAAGCCAUCAGCGAUUUUAAAAGGAUGAUCAAAUAUGAAGCCCAUAUUCAUGAGUGCACUGAACUGUCUGUCAUGUUGAGUGCUUUGAGUGAUUGGGUGGCCUCACAAUCGGAUAAACUCACGGACUAUAAGGAGUUUGACCGCUCAGGCAAAAUUUUCAAAGGCACAGAGAUGGUAGCAAUCCUUGAAAAUCUUGACAUUGGAUACAAUAAAUAUGAUAUGUUUAAGGACUGUCUGGCUAAACUAAUGGAAGAUGUUGACCUAGAACAUCCAGACCCAGAAAACAAAUUUGGGGCCCGGAUCAACUCUACAACAUCUACAUUACUGAAAAAUCUUUUUCUUAUGUACCAUUUCAUGUUUAUGGAUAACAUGAAAUACCGUGAUGAUUAUCGAAUUGCACUAGUGAAAGCUCAGACUAGGAAAAAAGGUAGUAUGACUGUAGGUGGCUGGUUUGGCAGAGGAAAAUCUACAGUGGAAUGGGUAUACUCUAUUAACUUUUGGUGCCUUAACCCUGGUGUAGCGUUUAAUUCUGUUGGCUCCAGUACUCGUUCCAUCAUCUUGACAUCAGGAACUCUGUCUCCGAUGAAUUCCUUCCAGUCUGAAUUAUCUGUCCCCUUUAAAAUACAACUGGAGGCAAAUCAUGUCGUUGACAAGAACCAGGUGUGGGUUGGAACAGUAGGCAGAGGACCGACAGAUCAGUUGCUGCAAGCAACAUAUCGUCAUACUGAAACUUGGGAAUUCCAGGAUGAACUAGGACGUUUGGUAUUGGCUGUUUGCAAGGCUGUGCCACGAGGAAUACUCUGCUUCCUCCCUUCCUAUGCCAUGCUCAACAAAUUAGUUGAUAGAUGGCAGGUUACAGGGAUAUGGAAUGAACUGAAUGAAGUAAAAGUGGUCAUUACUGAACCACGAAAUAAUGAACAGUUUGAGGAAGCCAUUACACUCUUUUAUGAUACAAUUAAAAACACUGGAACAGAGAAUUGUGAAGGGAUUAAUGGAGCUUUCUUCAUGGCAGUGUGUCGUGGGAAAGUUAGCGAGGGUUUAGACUUUACUGAUGAUAAUGCCCGGGCUGUUAUUGCUGUUGGAAUACCAUAUCCAAAUGUAAAAGAUAUUCAGGUUGACUUAAAAAGGCAAUACAAUAAUGAGCAUUACAGAUCACGUGGCUUGCUGACUGGGGGUGAUUGGUAUGAAAUUCAGGCAUAUCGAGCAAUUAAUCAAGCAUUGGGAAGAUGCAUUCGCCAUCGUUUUGACUGGGGUGCACUCAUAUUGGUUGAUGAAAGAUACCAACGAGGCAGUUUGUCUAAUGGAUUGCAACAAAAUAAAUAUACCCGUGGCUUGUCCAAGUGGGUGAGGAAUAAAAUUGUUCACCAUCAGAAUUUUUCAGAAGCCCUGUCCAAGCUCAAUGAGUUUGCAGAAAGUAUGACUGCUCAUCCUCCAGUGAAUCCUGAAAGCUUGGAUGAAACAGUGCCUGCAUUGAAAGAGAUGGAUAUAUCUGAACGUCCUCAAACCAGUCCAUGUGCUUCAGUAGAUUGUUCACCAAGAAAGCUUAACUGGGCUAAUAAAUCUUGUAAUCAAAGUCCUAGACAACUUGAGUCAAGUUUAACUCAUACAAACCGUCUUUUAGCUAACCAUGCAGGUGCUAGUAUUUUUUCUGUGCCUAGUAAUAUAAAUGAAAUUAACAUUGCCUCGAAAGACAAAAGUAUAAAUAAUAAGAACAUUGCCUUGCAAGACAGCACUGACCCGUGCAUAGGUGCAAAUUUUAGUUCUAAUAUGUUUAAUGAUCCAGAAACUCAGCUUUUUGAAGACUUCAUGGAUAAGGAAGAUCUUAUAUUACCAUCAGGCAGACUUCCUUUCACAUCAACCCAGCUAUUAGACUCGAGAAAAACGGUGUCAUCUCAGGCGUCUGAUUUUGUUAGUGCCUUAACCCUUACUAAACUAGACAAUUCAAAUCCAUCUAAAAGAAGAAAAUCCUCAUCAUUAGGAGACAAAAUAAAAACAAAUAAAAAGAAAGGGAAAAGCUUAAUGGAUUCUGAAACCCCCAAAACCUUUACGGAUGGUGGCUACAAGUUUCAGUAUAUAGAUGCCAGUGCUAAGUGUAGUGUCUCACCGUUAAAGAUGCUUAUUGAAAAUGAAAUAAAAGAAAAGAGUCCAUUAAAUUCUGGAAUACUGAAUAGUGAUAAUAAAAAGAACCAGUCCAAUGCUGUGAACAUUUCUUCAGCAAAGAAAAGCUUAUUAUUUGGGACAACACAAUGUGGUGAUAAAGUUGAUGAUGAGGCAUCAGUUAAUCAUCAAAAAACCUAUUCCCCACAACUCUUCGACUCGGAAGAUGAUCAGCAUGUUAUGUCCCCUUUGAAGCCUUUAUUAAAUGUUGUUGAAGCUACAAUACAUGAUAAAGACCUAUCUUUCAUGCAAGACAAACACAGUCCAGCAAGUAAAAUGAGGACUAAGGAUUUCAAUUCUCCUGGAAAUCUCGGAUAUAAAUCAAAACCAGAUGGAAAUGUAACACUAACUACCAGUCAGACAAGCACUGAAAUCAGCAAAGAAAAUAGUGGAUUAUGUAAAACAAGAAAGAGACCGCUACUUAGCCCAAACAUAUCAAAUUUUUGGUCUUCAGGUAUUUUAGAUGAUGAUUCUGAUUUGGAAGACUUCAAUUUGAAUAAGAGUUUCAACAGGAGAGAAGCAAGAAAAAGCAGUACUAAAACAGCAGCAAGAACCAAAGGUGUACAAUUUUCUGAAUUUGAUGAAUAAAUGAUUUGAUCUUUCAGUAUAUGAUUGUUAGCAUAUACUUUUUAUAUUAACAUUUAACUUUGAAACAUACAAACUGUGUAUACAGUUAAAUAAAACACAGAAGUAUUUUAUAAAGUAAGGUAUCCAUUAAGAAAUAAAAAUGCUUUACAGGUUAAGUUGUAUUUCCUUGAGGCAAAGUCAACAGGUACUACUGUAAUCAAAUAAUUAUCAUUUAAAAUUAUUUGCAGUAAAUGACAUCAAAUAAAAAAAUGACACCAUUGCUGCAUUCAUUAAAUACAGGCAUUAUUAUAUGUUUUCUUGUUUUACUUUAAUGUCAGUGUGCAUAAUUUUGCAAACACAAAACACCACAAACAUAACUCAACAACUGUAGCGAUAAAUAGGCAUGACAAAGAUGAAUUCCGGAAACCAGCAACUUCAAGAACAAGAGGUCACAGACUCGAGCUAAGGAAACAAAUGUGCCAAAAAAAUAGUAGAAAGUUUUCUUUUGCAGAGUGGUAGACAUUUGGAACAAGUUAAGUGAGGUGGUGGUGAUGGAGGCCAAAACAGUCAGUAGUUUCAAA